AUGUCGGUUGGAACAAUAAUGGAGCAAUCAUCGACGUGGGAAGAAUGCACCGAUGUAAUAUACGCUGUAAUGAAUUGUUCAUUCAUUGCGGUAAAAAAAAAGCAAAUUAGUGGUCAUCGAGGUGAAAAGGUAAGAAUCAUAAAUAUUAAUAAAGAAGGAUAUGCGGAAGUUGAGAAAAAAGAUGGGAAGAAAGGUUAUAUUCCAACUUACUUUCUGGAUCUGAAUACGGUGCCAGGUGAUAAUUUUGCUCAACAAAUAAGAUAUCGUCGAAAAUGGUAUCAUUUAGUGGAUUCUGGUCAAGCAAUAAUUUUUAAUAAUAAUCCAUCUAAUUUAUUAAAUAAUAUUUCAUAUCUAACUGAUUUAAUAUCAUUUCUACCUGUACAAAAGGAAUCAUUUUCAUUGAUAUUUUCUUCGCAUAAACGACCAAUUUGUAUUGAACCUUUGCAAGAUAUGACGAUAAAAUUAGGCGAAAAAUUAACUUUGAUGUGUAAAUUUUUCUCGGAAGAAUCACACACGAUCACAUGGCGUGGUCCAGUAAUUACAGCUAAGCGUCAAUAUGAAGUUACCGCAAAAGAAGAAGGUUAUUCAAUAUUAACAUUAAAAAAAUGCGUGGAAGAAGAUGGCGGACAAUAUUGGGUUCAAGCUGAAAACGUCUUCGGUAAAUGUCAUACUGUCGCUUGGAUUACGGUAAUCGUACCACCCGGCAUAACCUAUAUCACAACAUGUAAAGCAAUUAAUCGCAAUAGUGUAUUGUUACAAUGGAAAAAUGCAAAAACGGGUAAUUCGAAAAAUGUCUUCUAUGUUAUAGAAUAUAAACGAAAAGAUAUGACUAAUUACAAGAUAGCAAUGGAAGGUAUCAUUGGUACAUCAACUGUUAUCACAGAUCUCAAAAGAACUUUCCAUUCCUUUCGUAUUUACGCUUUUAAUGAAUAUUUCAAGGGUGAAACUGGGCCAAUAGCUAAUGUUAACUUAAAUUCGGUUUCUUCUUUAUCACCCAUUGCCUUUAUUGGUAAUAUUAAUGCUGAGACGGAAUAUAUUGAUGAAGCGACAUAUAAGGAAAUUUAUACAAUUGCUCGCAUUGUAUACGAAGGAAGAUUUGGUAAUGUGAAAGAAGUAAUACGUAAAAGUGAUAAGAAAAAAUAUGCGGCAAAAUGUUUCAUGCGUGAAUUCACACAAACUGAAACUGAAUGGGAAAAUAUGGAACGUGAAAUAAAUAUUAUGCGUUGCAUUCGACAUCGUAAUAUUGUUGCUUAUCGUAGAGCUGUUAAAAUGAACAAUCAAUUAAUCAUGAUUAUGCAAUGGUUAAAUGGUCCACAUUUAUUAGACUAUCUAAUACGUUUGGGAUAUAUUUCGGAAGUAUUAAUUCAACGAUUCUGCAAAGAUCUUCUAUUAGCAUUAGAAUAUCUUCAUUCCUUUAAAAUUGCUCAUCUUGCUAUUCAGCCGGAGAAUUUACUAACACAUGUUAGUGAUGUUGUACGACUUAUGGUAAUCGAUUUUGGUUCCAGUCGAUGUAAUGAAGAAGCAACUAUUUGGAAUUCUGGUGCAAUUGAUUUUGCUUCACCUGAGCAAAUUUCUCACCGUGAUGUUACAACAAAAUCAGAUAUAUGGAGUUUUGGAAUUGUUUUAUAUACAUUAACAACUGGUAGAAUACCAUUCGACGAUGAAUAUUAUGAACUGAUACGAUUAAAAAUCCUUUCUAACAUUUCAACGAUUGAUGAGACAAAAAAUUAUCGAAUUCAUUCAGAUGCAAUUAUUGCGAUCCUGAAAUCUGUAAUUGUUGGAGAUGCCAGAGCUCGAUUGUCCGCAACAGAAUGUUUGAAAAGCGAAUGGAUGCAAAAUGUUUGUUUUUGA